GGUAGGUUCUCUAAGGUGGGAGGGGCCGUUUUGGCGGGCAGCUGUGACGUCACUAGCCCUUGUCGGUUUGCUAUAGCACUGCAGCCAAGAUUAGGCUUUUUGGCUGACCGAAGAAAGGCGAGGGGUGGGCUCAGAGCCCCGGGAGGUGCUCGCUCGCGGCCCCACAGCAGCGGUAAACUGGAGUCCCGCUCCAGCAGAGCCCGGCGUCCGGGCGGAAGCAGCGUUCUUCCUCGAGCGGUGGCCUGGCGGCUGCGCGCCUCGGCAGCCUCGGGCUUGGCUGCCCGGAACUAAGAGAGCAUCCUCACCUGGUAAGAGGGAGGAGGGGAACUUGAUGCGAGCCUCCUGUGGCGCCAGAGAGCCAGAGCCCACCGUCCGCCCUGCCGCAGCGGUUGUUAAUGCCUGGGAGCAGCCAAGGUUCAUUUGUUUUCUUUCCGGAUGUUUGUCUUAAACAUGGACAAACACACCGCCUUCCAGGGUCGUACUGUUUACCUGGCCAGCAGAACAUCUUUUUACUUCAAGACGUUUGAUGCUCCCAAUCUCUGAAUUCUGGUGUUGAUGUUGAAUAUGCCUUAUUAGCAUAUUAAAAUGGCUGUACCCAAAGACGCCAUCCCUUCCCUGUUGGAAUGCCAGUGCCAGAUCUGUGUGGAAAUCCUAAUUGAGCCUGUGACACUCCCUUGUAACCACACUCUCUGUAAACCAUGCUUCCAAUCGACUGUCGAAAAGGCAAAUUUGUGCUGUCCCUUCUGUCGCCGCCGGGUCUCUUCGUGGACUCGGUACCAUACCCGAACAAAUUCUCUUGUCAAUACGGAACUGUGGGAGAUAAUUCAAAAACACUAUCCAGAGGAAUGCAAGCUUAGAGCCUCUGGGCAAGAAUCAGAGGAAAUUGUUGAUGACUAUCAGCCAGUUCGCCUAUUAAGUAAACCUGGGGAAUUAAGAAGAGAAUAUGAAGAGGAGAUAAGCAAGGUGGAGGCAGAGAGACGAGCCAAUGAGGAAGAAGAAAACAAAGCCAGUGAAGAAUACAUACAGAGAUUACUGGCAGAGGAGGAAGAAGAGGAAAAGAGACAGGCAGAAAAAAGGCAAAGAGAGAUGGAAGAACAACUGAAAAGUGAUGAAGAGUUGGCAAGAAAGCUAAGCCUUAAUAUUAACAAUUUCUGUGAGGGAAGUAUCUUGGCUUCGCCCUUGAAUUCCGAAAAAUCUGAUCCAGUCACAACCAAGUCACAGAAGAAAAGUAAGAACAAACAAACAAACACUGGAGAUAUUCAGAAGUAUUUGUCACCUAAAUCUCAACUUGGGUCAGCAUCACAGUCUGAAGUUGUACAAGAAGAUAGGAGAGACUCUAUGUCUAAGGAAACUGACAGCAGUGAUGUGAAGAGCCCUACAUGGCAAGACACAGAAAUUGAGGAAGAUAUGCCAACACUUUCUCCUCAGAUAUGCCUUGAAGUUCAAGAACAAGGUGCACAAUCUUCAGUGGAGUCACCUAUGCCUCAGUUAUGUGCCAGUGGUAGAGAAUGGUGCCUUGAAGGAAAAGUCAAAACGAGACCAAGCAAUCAUGAAAAAGAGUUAUGUGUCAUAAAUCAUGAGGGACCUGAAGCCAGAGUUCCCUACUCUGGAGAAGCUGCAGUUAAGCCUUGUGGCAAAGCAGAGAGUCGGUGCACUGUAUCAGAUAUGACACAGAUAAUUAGAAAUAACACAGUUGAGACAGAAAAUGAAGAGUCUCACCUACUGAUCAGUAAAGAUAUCUCCAAAAGAAAAAACCAGGAAUCUUUGUCUGAAGCAGUCAGGGAUCCAUGCUUUUCUGCAAAAAGAAGAAAAAUGUUCCCCAAAGCUUCCUCAGACCAAGAAGAAACGGAAAUCAACGUUACCCAAAAACUGAUAGAUUUGGAAUGUCUACUUUUUGAGAGACAUAAACAAGAAGAACAGGACAGGUUAUUAGCAUUACAGCUUCAGAAAGAGGUGGAUCAAGAACAAAUGAGGCCAAACCGGCAAAAAGGAUCCCCAGAUGGAUAUCAGUUACGUGCUACGUCCUCACCUCCAGACAAAUUACUAAAUGGACAAAGGAAGAAUUCCAAAGAUAGAAACCUCAAAAGACAAACUGAUCUAGAGCAUCCAAAACCUAGGAGAGGCUCAAAAAAUGAAAAUUGGCAACCUUCUUUUAAGAUCCAGUUGAAACGUUCAGUUAAGGGAAGAAAGAUAACAAACUCUACUAGAGAUAAUUGUAAUGUACCUAAAACUCCUCAUUCCCUACAGCCUACAUGUGCCUAUUCUGAAUGCAGGACGAGAAUCAAGGCUGCUGCUGGUGAACAGAGAAAGCGGCAGAGCUCUUGGCCAUCUCAUGAAGCUGGAGUGACAGUAUUGGAGACUUGAGGGUCAUCAAACACAAGGUCGGUUUUCCCAUCAAGAUAACUGCAGUUUUGAAACUGUUCAGAGCAGAUGCUAAAAGGCUGAAAAUCUCUGAAAAGCAGAGAGGAGUUGUCAUCAGGCUCACACUGCUGGUGAAACAACAGAGUUCAGGACCUACCGGGCAAGGAAGCCUGUUGAACACACCAGGGCCUCAAUUGAAAGCCCUAGCACAGAAGUCUGCAAACUGCAUCUCAGGGGCCAAAUCUGCAUGCCACCAAUAUUUGUAGGGCCUGUGAGCUAAGAAUGGUUUUAAAUGGCUCUUCGAUUCCUUAGUUCACAUAUAAGGAAUUGAACGAUGGGACUAGUAAUUUGUGCCUGAGUUUUGGACACCAAAACAAGGGCAUGUAGUGCAGGAGGGAAGAAAGAAUAAUUUUCUUCUUAACUUGGUCUCUAUCGGUUAAUCUCACUUUCUUAAUCUGUAAAUGGGAAUCAAUGUAACCAAGAGUUGCUAUCAAGAGUUAAGGGUAGUGGGACUUCCCUGGUGGUCCAGUGGUUAAGAAUCUGCCUUCCAAUGCAGGGCACACGGGUUCGAUCCCUGGUCGGGGAACUAUCCCACAUGCUGCGGGGCAAGUAAGCCCGUGUGCCUCAAUGAAAGAUCCCGCAUACCGCAAGAAAGAUCCUGUGUGCCGCAAGUAAGACCCGACACAGCCUAAUAAAUUAAUUAAUUAAUUAAAAAACGAAAGAGUUAAGGGAAGUAAUAGAGCACCUGGCACAGGCCUUGACUCAAAAAAGAACCUUAAUAAGUGAUUUGGGAGAGUUUCACUUUAUCCAGUGACUUUGUGUACCGUAAGUACCCACGUGUGGCAUCCAGUAAAUUGCAAAGUUACCUUUUGUCUACUCAUGAAGACUACUCACCUCUCCCCUACCAGAUGUAUCUACAGCUCCGUGUCACAAGAGACCCCUGCCCAUAAGUUCCCCUGUGUCACAGUUCCCAGAUUGCAAGAGACUUCAGCCUCAGAAAAAACCAUUUCUCAGAAAUAUUUUGUGGCUUCCUCAAAUUCCUAUACAAGUUCUACACAUUUGGUAUGCAUAAAGGUUUGUCAAUCACUACAAACUUUGAAAUGGGGAGUUGAGCCACUACUGUAUGUUUACCCAUAUCUUAAUUCCUGUGUAAAGAUCUUA